AUGGACGCCUCCCAACUCUUCGACGUCGCCGACAAGGUCGUCCUCGUCACGGGCGGCGCCAAGGGCAUCGGCGCCAUGAUCGCCCAGGGCUUCGUCGCCAACCACGCAAAGGUCUACCUCACCGGCCGCGACGCCGCCGCCAUCACCGCCACCGUCGAGGCCCUGUCCGCCAGCAGCCCGCGCCACACGCCCGUCGGCCUGCCCGCCAACCUCCAGAGCCUCGACGAGUGCCGCCGCCUCGUCGACGCCGUCGCCCAGCGCGAGCCAGGGGGCCUCCACGUCCUCGUCAACAACGCCGGCGCCACCUGGGGCGCCGACAUUGACGCGUACCCGGACGAGGCCUGGUCCAAGGUCCUCACCCUCAACCUCCACCGCGCCUUCACCCUCACCCAGCUCACCCUGCCGCUGCUCGAGAAGGCGGCUCGUCCCGGCAGCGACCCGGCGCGCGUCAUCCACAUUGGCUCCAUUGACGGCCUCCGCGUCCCCGCCCUCUCCUCCUUUGCCUACUCGGCCUCCAAGGCCGGCCUGCACCACCUGUCCCGCCACCUCGCCCGCGAGCUCGGGCCCCGCGGUGUCACCAGCAACGUCCUCGCCUGCGGGCCCUUUGAGACACGCAUGAUGAAGGCCACCCUCGAGACCAUGGGCGACGCCAUCCGCGAGCAGAACCCCCUCGGCCGCAUCGGUGCCCCCGACGACGUCGCUGGCGCCUCGCUCUUCCUCGCCAGUCGCGCCGGCGGCUUUGUCAACGGCGCCGUCAUCCGCCUCGACGGCGGGCUGUCACUCGUGUCCAAGAUGUAG